UAUACAAUCUAUAUGAUGUUAUAUUCAAAAGAUAAAAAUGUUAAAACAUAAUUAUAAGCCAGCAGUCGGACAACCUUGUUGGGUGGGUUAGCAGGGGAGCUAACAGAGGCUGCUGCGCAGAUCUGGGAGGGGGAGGCGAGUCUGGCGUUAAGACGAUAUUACCAACAAACCUGCUCUUCAGUCGAUGAUCACUACCAUCAGGCAACAUCAUGAGUCAGGGGAAGGACAAUGCACGUCUCAAAAGCUAUAAAAACAAAUCGCUCAACACAGAUGAGAUGAGGAGGAGGAGGGAGGAAGAAGGCCUGCAACUUCGCAAACAAAAGAAAGAUGAACAACUGUUCAAGCGCAGAAAUGUGGCCACAGCGGAGGAGGAUGGAACACUGGAGGAUGAUGGGAUGUUGGACGGUGGAUACCUGGAAUCACAGGCCAACAAUAUGGACCAAAUCACAGGAAGUGUUAUUUCUGAGGACAUGAUACAGAUGAUCUUCUCCAGCUCCCCAGAACAACAGCUCAUCGGAACACAGCGCUUCAGAAAGCUCUUAUCUAAAGAGCCUAAUCCCCCUAUUGAUGAGGUCAUUGCCACCCCUGGUGUCAUGGAGCGAUUUGUUGAGUUCCUGAAAAGAAGAGAGAACUGCACGCUACAGUUUGAAGCAGCGUGGGUUCUGACUAACAUCGCCUCAGGAACAUCCCACCAGACGCGGGUGGUCAUCCAGGCUGGGGCGGUACCCAUUUUCAUUGAGAUGCUCAGCUCGGAUUUCGAGGAUGUACAGGAACAGGCGGUGUGGGCUUUAGGCAAUAUUGCAGGUGACAGCACCGAGUGCAGGGACUUUGUUCUGGACUGCAAUAUUCUACCCUCUCUAGUACAGUUAUUGGCUAAACAAAAUCGUCUGACUAUGAUGAGGAACGCAGUUUGGGCUCUGUCUAACCUGUGCAGAGGGAAAAACCCACCCCCAGAUUUUGCCAAGGUGUCGCCGUGUCUCAGCGUUCUGUCCUGGCUGCUCUUUGUGAACGAUACCGACAUUUUGGCUGAUGCAUGCUGGGCUCUUUCUUAUCUGUCUGAUGGUCCCAAUGAGAAGAUCCAGGCUGUUAUUGACUCAGGAGUCUGCCGCAGACUAGUGGAGCUGCUGCUACAUGCAGAAUAUAAGGUGGUGUCUCCUGCUCUAAGAGCCGUGGGGAACAUAGUCACAGGAGAUGACCUACAGACUCAGGUGAUUCUUAACUGCUCUGCCCUGCAAAGUCUUCUUCACCUGCUGAGUAGCCCGAAAGAGUCCAUUAAAAAAGAGGCAUGUUGGACCAUCUCUAAUAUCACAGCCGGGAACCGUGCACAAAUACAGAUGGUGAUGGAUGCAGACUUGUUGCCCCCGUUGAUAAAUAUUCUGCAAGUAGCCGAAUUCCGUACAAGAAAGGAGGCGGCGUGGGCCAUCACAAAUGCCACAUCUGGCGGUUCUUCUGAGCAGAUCAGGCAUCUUGUUGAGCUUGGUUGCAUCAAGCCCUUAUGUGACCUCCUGACGCUGAUGGAUUCAAAGAUCGUACAGGUGGCACUGAAUGGCUUGGAGAACAUCCUAAGACUGGGUGAGCUGGAAGCUAAACGAGGAGGAGGAAUCAACCCCUACUGCGCCCUCAUUGAGGAGGCAUAUGGAUUAGACAAACUGGAGUUUCUACAGGGCCAUGAGAACCAGGAGAUCUACCAGAAGGCUUUUGACCUGAUCGAGCGCUACUUCAGCACAGAGGAUGAAGAUCCGGCCCUGGCACCUGCCGUUGACAUCCAGCAGCAGCAGAAGGUUUUAAAAAAUUGACAUUUUAAUUAAGGUGUGAUAUACAAGAGCGUGUGUUGCUGGUCAACCCAUUUCCCCCCUCUUGUCCUACUUCCCUGGCCCGGUCCAGAACGAUGGCUCCAGAAUGAUAGCGACUUCCUCUCCUGAUGCAGAAAACGUGACAAGUAGAUCUUUUCACAUGACUUAAAUAUCCCACUUCCUUCAUUAAACUGUCAUUCAGCCCUUCAAAGCACACAUAUCCCAUCAGUCCCUCAGCCCGAUUCAGGAAAACUGCAUCCAGCGAUGACUUAAUAGAGGCUGG